AUGGCUGAUACACUAACUGAAGUUCCAGCAGCAGCAGCUCCAGCUGCCGUGGCCAAGUCCCCGAAGAAAGCGAAAGCUGCCGCGGGCCCCAAAAAGCCAAAGAAGCCAGCGACGCAUCCUCCGGUAAACACGAUGAUCGUGGCUGCUAUCAAGGCGUUGAAAGAGCGCAACGGCUCCUCACUGCAGGCCAUCAAGAAGUACCUGUCGGCCAACUACAAGGUUGAUGUAGCCAAACUGGGACCGUUCAUCAAGAAGGCUUUGAAGACGGGUGUGACCAGUGGCAAGCUGGUGCAGACGAAGGGCGUUGGAGCGUCGGGAUCGUUCAAGCUGUCAGCGGAGGCCAAAAAACCCGUCGUGGAAAAGAAGGCUGCAGUGCAGAAGAAGAAAUCGGCCUCGGCAGGAGAUAAGAAGAAGAAGCCAGUGGCCAAGAAGGCUGCUGGCGAGAAGAAGAAGAAGGUAACAACCAAGAAGGCGGACGGCGGGGCUGCUAAGAAGGCUAAGGCCGCAACUGCUGUCAAGAAACCGAAGGCGGCAGCGGCCACCAAAGCCGGUGCAGUGAAGAAGGUUGCGAAGAAAGCAGUGAAGGCCCCAAAGCAGAAGGCAACCAAGCCCUCGAAGAAGACGGGAGCACCAAAGCCAAAGACGCCAAAGCCGAAGAAGGCUGCUGCGCCCGCCAAGAAGAAGCCCGCGGCAGUAGCCAAGAAGCCAACUGCAGCCAAGAAGUAA